AUGAGUGGUUACGAUAGAGCAUUGUCGAUUUUCUCACCAGAUGGUCAUAUUUUCCAGGUGGAAUACGCUUUAGAAGCUGUAAAAAGAGGUACGUGCGCCGUUGGCAUUAAGGGCACAGAUUGUGUGGUAGUUGGGUGCGAAAGAAGAUCAACACUGAAGCUGCAGGACCCACGUAUCACGCCGUCGAAAAUCUCGAAAAUCGAUUCGCAUGUGGUGCUUUCGUUCGCAGGCCUGAACGCAGACAGCCGUAUUCUGAUCGAAAAGGCGCGUGUGGAAGCACAAUCGCACAGACUGACGCUCGAAGACCCGAUUUCCGUGGACUAUUUGACGCGGUACGUGGCCGGAGUGCAGCAGAAAUACACGCAAUCCGGUGGUGUGCGGCCAUUUGGUGUGUCGACCUUGAUUGCCGGGUUCGACGCCCGCGAUUCGACGCCGAAGCUAUACCAGACAGAGCCCAGUGGGAUCUACUCCGCGUGGAGUGCGCAGGCGAUCGGCAGAAACAGCAAAACAGUGCGUGAGUUUCUUGAGAAAACCUACGUCAAAAACGAGCCUCCCGCCACAGAACAGGACUGUGUCAAGCUAACCGUCAAGGCCCUGCUGGAAGUAGUUCAGACAGGUGCAAAGAACAUCGAAAUUACAGUGGUACGUCCGGGAUCGCAGAUCUCCAACCUGUCAAGCGACGACAUUGGCAAAUACGUGGACGAGAUCGAACAGGAAAAACAGCAGGAGCUGGAAAAGAAGAAGAAGCGUGGCGAAAACUAG